AUGUGCCUGGUGCAGAUAUGGCACUCUUGAUGAGUUCGGCGACGAAGCGAGGAGAUGGGCUCUUGGUAGUCGUGGCAAGGUGAACGAACGGCUGGAGUGCCGCGAGGGCUUUCGUCUGUGAUUGAUCCAUGGCUUGAAGUGCUGUGGGAUGUCACCAGUGGGAUUGUCGUCUGAGGUAGAAUGGUGGUGGUGGGAGUUGUUUCUCUAUUGCGUACUAUCACCAUUAGUGGACACGCAGGACAGUGGCAAUGGGGCACUGACAUUCAACAAGGCCAGCCUAUCACGGUGCCCGGGGUAUUCCGCUGCUUCACAGGUCCAGGCAGGCAGGCUGGGUCUUGGUGGGUUCAACUGUGCAUUUAUUAUUAGUUACGCCACGCCUGCGGUACUUCUACUCAUGCCACUAAGAGGAAAUCUCCCCUCUAACUUCAACCAGACUGACCUGAUGUGUGGUCUGACUGUUCUGUUGUUAACUUCAGCCUCCAAAAUUGAAUUCUGUCAGUUAAAACCCCGGGGUAACGAUAAUAACUUAUUGGUGGUGGCCACGCGGUGACAUAUUCUACUGUUGGUGCCAAUUUCGAAACUCCUUUUCGUUUCCGGACGCAUGCGCAAAGCCCCCCCCAAGGGUUACUUAGGGUUUCUAAGCAAAACGCAUUCUUUAACUCGGGCCUUUUACGUCUCACAUUUCCACUCGCUUCUCUUUCUUCGCUUCCUCACUUCUAAAACACCACCACUCCGUACCACUUCCUCGCC